ACCUAACAUUAUAAACGAUCGCAAGUCACACGAGCUUAGUCUCUUACCCUUCAAACUCCAAGGCGCAGAUCCGAGGAGUUUGGGAUUAGAAACCCUAGUUUUAUCUCUCUACUCUCAAAAAAGUCUCCAAAUCUUUCUACCUCUCCAUCAACCUCUUGCUUACAAUCAGUCAUGGCAGGUUUGGCACCAGAAGGAUCUCAGUUUGAUGCUAAGCAAUAUGACACCAAAAUGAGUGAAUUACUCUCAAAUGAAGGCCAAGAAUUCUUCACCACAUACGAUGAGGUUUAUGACAGUUUUGAUGCAAUGGGAUUGCAAGAGAACCUUCUGAGGGGCAUCUAUGCUUAUGGUUUUGAGAAGCCAUCUGCAAUCCAGCAAAGGGGAAUUGUUCCAUUCUGCAAGGGUCUUGAUGUAAUUCAGCAGGCCCAAUCUGGAACCGGUAAAACAGCAACUUUCUGCUCUGGCAUUCUCCAGCAACUUGAUUAUGGUCUAGUCCAAUGUCAGGCACUGGUCUUGGCUCCGACUAGAGAAUUGGCGCAACAGAUUGAGAAAGUUAUGCGAGCCCUUGGUGAUUAUCUUGGUGUGAAGGUUCAUGCUUGUGUAGGUGGAACAAGUGUUCGUGAGGAUCAACGCAUUCUUCAAGCUGGUGUUCAUGUUGUUGUGGGCACUCCUGGUCGUGUGUUUGACAUGUUGAGAAGGCAGUCACUUCGCCCAGAUUACAUUAGGAUGUUUGUAUUGGAUGAGGCUGAUGAGAUGCUUUCACGUGGUUUUAAGGAUCAGAUCUAUGAUAUUUUCCAGUUGCUGCCGGCAAAAGUUCAGAUUGGUGUGUUCUCUGCUACCAUGCCACCAGAGGCCCUUGAGAUCACAAGGAAGUUCAUGAACAAGCCUGUUAGGAUCUUGGUUAAGCGUGAUGAGCUUACACUUGAGGGUAUCAAGCAGUUCUAUGUCAAUGUUGAGAAAGAAGAAUGGAAACUUGAAACACUAUGUGAUCUGUAUGAAACACUAGCCAUCACCCAGAGUGUUAUUUUUGUUAACACAAGGCGCAAGGUUGACUGGCUUACUGACAAGAUGCGAAGCCGUGACCAUACAGUAUCAGCAACUCAUGGAGAUAUGGACCAGAACACUCGUGAUAUCAUCAUGCGAGAAUUCCGUUCUGGCUCUUCUCGUGUUCUCAUCACCACCGAUCUCUUGGCUCGUGGUAUUGAUGUGCAGCAAGUUUCCCUCGUCAUAAACUAUGAUCUGCCGACUCAACCCGAAAACUACCUUCAUCGGAUUGGAAGAGGCGGACGGUUUGGAAGAAAAGGUGUUGCCAUUAAUUUUGUGACAAGGGAUGAUGAGAGAAUGCUGUUUGACAUUCAGAAGUUCUAUAAUGUGGUCAUCGAGGAGCUGCCAUCAAAUGUUGCUGAUCUCCUGUAAUGAGAAUUUUUGGUGUUUUGAGAAAGGGUUUCUUACUUAAUGUGUUGUUUUUCCUUUCUUGUUUAGUGUCUUAAUUUAAUAUUUUCAGACAUAUCUGACAGUUUAAUCUCAUAUGAGUCCUCAAUUGCAACCUGAAGAGAUUGUCUAGUUGUUAUUUACCCUUUUUAAUAUUUUUGCCCUCUUGGAAAGUUUUGCAUGUUGGGUUUUUUGUACUGUAUACCCCCUUUUCUAUAAAUUAUUAUUGUGGAA